GAGCUCAUCUAUGGAUCCUAAUCUGAUAAAUGCUCUGGCUACAAACUGUGGGUGUAUUCUCAUUUUAGAUCUUCCAAUUGGUACAACGUUUGGAAUAGAUAUUAACUGCUGGAAUACAGAUACAAAAUUUAAAGGAAUUAAAUUAAUUCCACCUGGAUUACAUUUUAUAUUUACAAACUCAAACGAUUCUCAUGGAAAUUCAUCUUUUAGAUCAGGAUUUUUUCAUUGGUUUGAAUCAAAAGAUAUUCAAAUUAAACAGUGGUGUAAAAACUCAGAAGUCCUUCUAGAUAAUGAAUUGAGUCACGAGGAAGCACUUAAAUACAAAUCAAAUAUACUUAGCUUUGACCAAGAUCUAGCCCCAUAUCCAUAUGAUAGCUUUAAAAAAUGGACUUCACUAACAAAUUACAUAACAAAAGAUAUAUUGAACAAAUUAAAUUCAAAAAUAAUAUCAUCUUGCCCUGAUUAUACCACCAAAAAAUUUAUUUCUUCCAAGAAAGGCACAAUUAAAGAGUUGGUAACUACUCAAAACAAUGAUAAUGAACAUAAUUCAUAUAAAAGCAUAAAUCUUCCAAAGAUUCAGCCCGAUAAUGAUAUUAAAAACAUAGAUGAUUUGUUAAAUAUUAAGCCAGAAUACACUAUAUCCUAUACAACAAUACCUAAACGUUUGUUAUAUCCUAAAAAUUCAAAUCCUAGUGAUAUAACUAAACAUAAUUUAGACACAUCCUACACCCUUCAAAGUUUAAUCAUACCUCAGGAAAAUGAGGAUAAUCUAAAAUUAGGCCAUGAAUUAUUAGGUGAAAUACAAUUCUCAUUCAUAUGUUUUAUAUAUGGGCAUCAUUUUGAAUCAUUUGACCAGUGGAAAAAAUUAGUUCUCUUAUUGUGCAAUAGUGAAACUGCAAUCAGAUCUAUAAGGUAUACCAAUCUGUAUAUAGGACUAAUCAGUGUACUUUAUUAUCAUAUUCAAGAGAUCCCAGCUGAUUUUUUCAUUGACAUUAUCGAAGAUCCUUCCCAAAAUUUUCUAAUUAAUACCCUAAAUAGACUUUUUAAUAGUAUAUCCCUGCCAUCAUUGUCUGACGAGGAUGAGGGAAGGAAAAAAUUGGUUAAUCGAGCUAAAAAUUUUAAAAACUAUUUAAGAAAAAAUGGAUACCAUUUUAAAUCAAGCAAAUUUGUUGAUGAUGAAUAUCCUGUUGUCAUUAAAACAUUUUAAAAGAUGUAUUAAAUAUUGUAUAUAAUAUUAUAAAUUAUGAUACAUAAAUAAAAAAUAUUUAGUAUUUAUGAUUAAAUGAAAUUUUA